GGUAUCAUUCUUGGUUUAAACAAAGGUCACAAGGUCGAAGCUAAGGCUGUCGCACCAAGACAAUCAUACAAGAAGGGCUCCAAGUCCAACAGAACCACCUUCGUCAGAUCCUUGAUCAGAGAAGUUGCUGGCUUGGCUCCAUACGAAAGAAGAGUUGUCGACUUGAUCAGAAACUCUGGUGAAAAGAGAGCUAAGAAGUUCGCCAAGAAGAGAUUAGGUACCCAAAAGAGAGCUUUGGCCAAGGUUGAAGAAAUGAACAACAUCAUUGCUCAAGCUAGAAAGCACUAA